AUGCCCGGCGUCAUGGAGCAGGUCAAGGACGCGAUUAGCGGGGCUUCUGAAGCGAUCAAGCACAGCUUCGAUGGUAUCACCGUUGGAAAUGACCACGAGGGCGCGGAUCGCUACGAGGUCCGCAAGCGCUGGGAAGAAGCCAGGGAGAGGGCCAGUGAUGAGAUUCGCGCUCCCGGCUUCACCCCAUCUGAUGGUGAUCGCCUGAGGCAGACCUUCGAGCGGAUGUCGAAAUAU